AUGUCGAAGUAUUUGGUCCAACUCAUUGUGUCUGGUGCUAGAGUCUUAGGCCGUGCAUUCGCCCAAGCUGUUAAAGAGGAAUAUGCGUCGAGUCAAAGGGCGGCUAGUGCCCGUCGUUCAAAUACAUCUACAGAUAACUCAAAUACCUACGUCCAGAACGCUGGCAUGUCGUUAGAAGAGGCCAAACAAAUACUCAACAUAAAAGAUAUUCAUGAUAAGGAUACUCUGAAUAAACAUUAUGAGCAUCUUUUUUCUUCGAAUGCCAAAGAAAACGGUGGUACACUUUACCUACAAUCAAAGGUGUUUCGAGCAAAGGAACGUAUUGAUGAAGAAAUACAGUUUGAACAAUCUGAACGGCGGCAAAAGUCAAACAGUAGAGACAAUCACACUGGAACUUGA